AUGGAACAUGCCGUCCGGCUGUUCAUGAACGGCGGACCCAAAGAGCGAGCCAUGGUACCUCAGAACCCUUUGAAAGCUAAACAAUAUAAAGCUCUUAAAAGAAAAUGGAAAUCUGGCACCAAGCUGAAGUUGAGAGAAUGUUUACGUCGCAUUAUUGAUGCGGAGACGAAUCCUGGAGACGGCGGGGAAGAUUUGAGUCCACGUGAUAUAGCUCCGGUGCUUCUCGCAUAUCUGAGUCAGCAUCACCCCCCAGAUCCAUCUCCACAAGAAUUCAGAGCCUGGAGAGCAACCACACAGUUGAUGGCCAGACAGCCCAAGAUAUCGCCCUAUUUUCCCCAGAAACCCCGCAGCGGCGCCUCCUGUCUCCCAUUCCCUCCAAUAUCAGCCACAUCCUUCGGCUUGAUCCAAGAGAAACUGGCCUAUGACCCAUUCCGCCUGCUGAUCGCGACCAUUUUCCUCAACCGGACUCGCGGUGAAGUUGCCAUUCCUGUGCUAUACAGUGUUUUUGAGAGGUAUCCUACUGUAUCUGCCCUUGCAGAGGCACAGGAGGAAGAUGUGGUUACAAUGAUACGCUGUCUGGGUUUGCAGAACGCCCGUGCCCGAAAAUGUAUUAAUCUCGCGAAGCUCUGGAUCGAAAAUCCCCCGGUCAAAGGGAAAAGGUACAGAAAAUUACAUUAUCCCAACAAAGGGGAUGGACUAGAUAUAAAACCCGGGGAAUGUGUGGACGAUGGUGAUUCUCGAGUUGCCUGGGAAAUUGCCCAUAUCCCAGGUUUGGGCUCCUAUGCCCUUGAUAGCUGGCGAAUUUUUUGUCGGGAUGAGCUGAGAGGCCUUGCGAGUGAUUGGAAGGGCACAGAGGCAUCUGGUGAAUUCGUGCCCGAAUGGAAAUCAGUUGUCCCCAAGGACAAAGAGCUGCGGGCGUAUGUAGCUUGGAUGUGGCUAAAGGAGGGAUGGGAAUGGGAGAAGGAAACAGGCAACAGAAGGAGGGCAAGCAGGAAGCUCCGGCUUGCGGCGCUGAAGGGGGGGAUUGCUGUUGAAACGAAUGGGAGAUGGCUUCUUGAAACUCUGACGGUGGAAACAUCAGCAUAUUUUGAAAAGACAGUUCAGGGUAAAUGA